GCCACUAUUAAGAGUUAAAUAGAGAAACUCGUCUUCCCAGUGCAUUCCGUAAGCGAUAGGUUUAUCUCGAAAAAUAGUGUUGAUAAAUUGUUUUCAUUAUGGAAUUGCCCAGUAUGUUGUUUCAUACCACGUUAAACACAGCCUCAACAGUAGUGCAUUCUCAUUCUACCAACGGAAAUAGAUAAUGAAGACCACAAAAUCGUUAUUAUGAUUUAGUACAGUGAAACUUUGGGUAAAUUGACGACUUGUGAACGAUGGAUUUCUUGAAUAUUCUGAAGCCAAAGAAGAACAAAUUCUCAGAAGAGCUGAUAACUCAAGCUGUGGAUUUAGAAAAUGGGAACGCAAUAGGAGAACUGCCAGAAAAUAGUGUGGAUGUUAUUAGUUUCAAGGUUGAUUAUCUUGGUUGUCUUCCUGUCAACAUUUCACCAGAGUUUGAUGUUGAUAAUGGCUUAAAGUUCUUGAAACGCGAGAGGGAGAGAAAUAAAAUAAAGACACAGAAAGGGGUUAUUUUGAUAUCAAACUAUAUAAGGUUAACCGAUAUGCGUGAAAAAGAAAUUUUCAGAAUACCAUUACUCAGAUUAUCCAGCUGCAGUAUGGAUCCAUUCAACAAAAAAGUAUUCUUCUUCAUACACGAUAAAACGACCUAUCAUGCAUUUCUAUGUGAUAAGUGGAAAAACGCAUAUAAUGCAGCUCAAGCUAUAGCUCAUAUGUACGGUCGUUGUCAUGAGAAUUAUUUGAGGGACAUGCAGAAUAGGAAAUUUGUCGGAAUGCAAAAAGAAGAAGAAUCUGGUGAAAAAACCGAGGAACAAAGGUUCAGUCGAGAUAUGAUGGAUUUUUCUAUGGAUUUCAGUCUGAGUACGGAGAAAAAUCAAGAAGCUUUCAAGAAUUGGGUUUCUUUCGAGGAUUGACAUCAACAUAAGACUAUCAACGAUAGAAACAGACAGUAAUUGGGAUGAUGACAGAGAGGUAUCAGCAUAGUGAAAAGAAUUCAGUUGAUAUUGAUAUGUAUGGUACAUCACAUGUAGAUAAAAUAAAGGGAAUA